UUGGACCUCUCGCUCCCACCUAAGCUCAUUAUUGUUAGCGCCACAGGCGAGUGUAGAAUAAUAAUGGCGACACAAUCAACUGCGCUGUUGGAACAUCUCGACAAAAGGGGCAUUCCCAAGUCCAAAAGAAAACUCCAGAAACAUUUACGCAGUGCAGGACUAGCCUACAUAUCUCGUACAGGAAAACUGAUACCAGCAAAAAAGGUGGCAGAUGAACUGUGCCAAUGUCCCCACAAAUGUGAUUCUAAUGUGCCCUUGGAGGCUCGCCAACACAUCUUCAACCAUUUCUAUGGUCUCGGCGAUGCGGAUCUACAGAACAGGUUCUUGCGUCAGCACAUGGAUCUGCGAGCCAGGCUGAACGUUUCGGAAACUUCGACGUCAGGCCGUCCACCACGAAGAAUUACCUGCAAGUAUUUGGUACCGCUCCUGCCUUCAAAUGAAACGGUCGAAGUUUGCCAAAAAGCUUUCGUAAGCGCUUUUGUGAUCACUACUAAAAGAGUUAGACUGCAAAGAGAGAAACUUAUUGCCAGUCUUGGCUUGAACAGUUAUAGCAGUCAUAAUAGAAGUAAAAACAACAAUAACAACACGAUUAAAAACAUUGUUCCACAAGGUUUAAACACAGAUAUAUCUGCCCAGUCAAUAUAUCCAAACAUAUUAAACUACCUCCCAACAAAGUUGACUUUGAAGUUACCACAAAAGAAUGAAACUCAAGGUGAAGAAUCCAUGGAAGUGUCCAAAGAAGUUACAACAGUUAAGAAAGUGCCUCUCCGCGUCAAGGCGAACAGAAAACAACUUAUCGACAACCCCCUUAUUCCAUUUGGUAUUCUGGUUCCAGACGGCGUUACCAUCGCUCCCGUCAUAGCAACUCCAGAUCACGAUAGAGAUAUUGCGAUAGUCCACAAUUUCUUUUCUAACCAGUUGUGGAAACCGGAGUACAUAGGAGCUUACUCAUGAAAACAUAGAGUAUUUUCCGUCGGUAAGUUGAGAUGAUAUGUCCUGCCUGUCGUACUUAGUACAGUGGAGGCCUGGAUUUAAACUUCUAGAAAUUAGGGGAGUAGUAAUAGACACUGGUAAGAUUGUUUUUAUGUAGGUCUUACUGUUCUAGAGAACAUAUUACCACAACGGCAUACUACUUUUAAAUAUAUUUAUAAUAAAGGAAUGAUAACGAAAAAAAUUCCUAAAAGAUAAUAUACACUGAUCAUUCUGCUAAAGUCAAAGCUACGUGGACGAGUACCUACCGAACAAGUAAGAAAAUUUUAUAAGGAGAGAAUUCGGUUGUUUUAUUUUACUCCUUUAAAACACUAAGGUCUAGUUCCCACGGCAUCGAAACAACUGUUUUAAAACCGUCUGAAACUGAUUGCACUCGCAACUAUUUUAUUACCUCGGCAGCGUAAAAACUAGUGAUGUUGAAAAAGUAACUAUUCGUUACAAAGUAAUUACUAUACAGAAAGGCAAAUCGUUACUUUGAUUACUUUGAUUAAUCUGAUUAAUUCGUUACUUCGUACCAAUCGUAUCAGAGCGAGUACCUAUUGUAUCUACAAUCGGUUGAUAUCGGAAUCGGACCGGUACUCCACGAGUAUCUACCAUAACAACAAAAUGGAAGUCAGAAUAGAUGGACAACUUACAGAAUCUAUAGAUAUAGGCAGCGGAAUAAGACAGGGAGACUCAUUGAGUCCUAUGCUCUUCAAUUUAAUCAUGGAUGUUUAUGUACUUUAGGAUGCAUUGUAUACUGCAAUUAAGCAUUUCCACCCAUUUUUCUAUUGAAAAUUUUUCCUGUUUCACUAUUUCCCUAAUCAUUUAUUUUUUCCUAAAUGCCUUGGUCUAUGUGUAUUUUAUUGUUAUUAUUCAAAAAUCUAAAAUAAUAUCUGCCCGGGCCAAAAAAUUAGUGGAAUUUAUAAAAAAAAUUCAUUUUUAAUUAUUAAUUAGUCUGGACAAAAUUAUGUCGGGCACCCCUUGUUUUUAAUAAUUUUUAACAUAAUAGAUUACAUAUCAUUGAAUUUCUAUCCAUUAAAUAUAUCGGUGAAGGUCGUUGUUCUAUCGGAUCUUAUACGAAAUACUGAGAAAUGCGAUUCUCUAUAUGAUUACCGGUACAGAAAUACAAAAGUAAUCAUAGUGAUCAAAAUAUCCUACUAAUACAAAAUAUGUACUGAGAAAUGUGAUUCUCCAUAUUGUGAUUACCGGUACUCAAAUACAAAAGUAACAAAAGUAAUCAAAAUAAUCAAAGUAACGAAUACUGUAAAUUAUUACUAUAUACAAAAGUAACGAUUUGUAACGAUUACUCGAAAGUAACUAUAAUCAACAUCACUAGUAAAAACACGAGGAUUCGCCCACCAGGCGAUCUGUCUGAAAUGGGUUUCCAACUAGUUUUCAACUGUCGAUUUAAAACAGUUGCGUUGUGGACGCUGGACCAUAGAUGUAAAUGAAAAAUUAGAACUUUUCUGCAAUUAAAAUAAAAUAGACAAUAGACAACCGAACUUUCGUCUAUAUUAUAUUCCCAAACUUUGGUGGUUUAUGUUCUGCUGUAAAUGGUACGUUAGUUGUUGGUUUCCGGGCAAAUUCAUUUAUUUAUUAUAUGACUUUAAAGUCGGUUCAUGUUCCAGAUAUUACAAAACAAUCAUUUCAUUUAAUGACAAAAAAUUCAAUUGUCUUCAACAUAUGAAGUAUGGCUAUUAAAUGACGAGAUUUGGCACUAUAAAACGCUUUAUUUUGAUUCCGUACAUAUUCACUUAUAGUAGGGGAGCGAAGUAUGCUAAAUGUGCAGUCACUCUAGCACUUAGGGGACCUAUUGGGUUGUAAAGAGUAGGUCCUAAAACCAAAAAAAGUUAAGUAAAGUUUUCCAUUUUAGUGGGGACUUUCCAUUUUUAAUUUAAUUUUCCAUUUCCAACAAUCGUUUUUUCUGAUUAUAGCGCCAUCUAUCCAUCAUUUGAAAAAAAUGUUUCGAAUAAAAGUUGCUUAUUUUUACGUAAAGAAUCCAAAUCUGGAAUAAAAAUUUGGGGCUCCUAUUUAAGAUUUUAAAGCACCCCCACCCCACCUCCGUGGCGGGUCGUGUUUAGUAUCAUUCGAUAGAUUUUUCAAAAAUAUUUAUUAAGUGUAUUUCGCAGUUUUUCGAUCUAAUGUUUAUUUUGCGAAAUAUCGCGGUAUUUGUAUUUAAAAUUUUAAAUUCAUCCCCCACCCCUUUGGGUGGGGGUCAUGUUUGGUAUCAUUCGAUAGAUUUUCGAAAAAUAUUGAACACGUAUUUUUUAGUUUUUCGAUCUAACGUUCAUUUCGCGAAUUAUUCAUUUUUUUUGUGAAACUUUUUAACUCACCCAUUUUCUUACGCCCCGCUCAAAUCGUCAGAUUUUUGAAACAUACACUGUUUUGCAUGUCCUUAACUUACCUUAUCUUAAUCUGACAAUUUCGAGUAUUUUUAAGGAUAGAUUUUUUUUUCGUGCCCCCCUUAACGAGUUUCCCUGUGUUACGAGCUAAUAUAUGGUAGAGGUACAUCUGCAGGGCACCAGGUUUCUCCUCAUAUGAUAAUCUGACGCGCUCGAGUAACUGCAAAAAUCCCCGUUUGGGCUCCCCUACCAUUAUUAAUAGCUUCAAUAUACACCCUCAUUCAACUCUAAAACUCUUCUUGGGAUUCUUCCGUUGUUUAGUCUUGCACGAAGUCUUCUUUUGUAACCUUAUACAGGACGCGUUCUUUAUUCUCUUUCACAACUUCAAAAUGGAUUCAAAUAUUCUUCAUUUUAAUGCAGACUUCACGGUAGGGAACAUUAAUUGCAUGUUACGACACUGCAACCCUGUACUUGGCUAGAAACCUAGACAAUGCAGAAUUUGCACAGAAUUUUGCAUGUUUGCAUUUUUAUUUUAAAUUUUGUAGUACGCAUUCUAUAUCAGUUCCUACUGUUUCAGCGAUGACACGAAUUCUUAAAGAUCAAAAUAAAAUAAAAAUGUUGCAAUGCGAAGGCAAAAUAAUCUUACUUUUCAACUAGAAUACGGAGCGCAGUCCAGUCCUCUGAAUUGCGAUUUUCGGCUCUUAUUGGAGCCUCAUCGGAGAGAACGCAGGCGCUGUUCUCCAUAUCCUAAAUGACCAGCACCGAGAGUUUUUCCCACCCAUUGCAACCGAAGUGAAGGUAUUAGGUGACUAGCGUCAUCUGGCAAUUGAAAGAUGAAGUAGUUUUCAAUCCUAAUAGCACCAGGAAAGUGGUGCGAAUAGUUUUCAAUUUAAAAAUCUUUUAGUAAUGUUUUUAAUAUUUUCAAUAUUAUUAAUUUUGCUAUUAGGAUUGAAAACUACUUCAUCAUUCAUCUCUUAAAGAUCAAUUCAGAAUACUGAUUUUUCGAUAUUUUUAACGUUUUCUAGACCAUCUUAAUCUUCUUCUAGAAUCUAGACACUUCUUUGAAUGAAUUCUGUUUCAGUGGCGUUUUUUCCAACUUCUAUAUGAAAUUUAACAAUGCCGUGCUGCUCACCACUCAUCUCGGUACACUUCAAAUAACGUUUUCCGAUUGAAUUAACAAUAGGAGCAAGCAUCGCGAGAUCUUCAUUGAUGAUAUCUAACUGGAUUAUUAUCCAAUGUUUGAGAUCUUCGACGGUUUCGAUCUUCGUUCUUAAACUUUGUUCUUAAGCAUGCCCCAGGUUGAGAAAUCCAUAGGAGUAAUGUCUGGCGAGCUUGGAGGCCUCGGUUCGUUUCCACGUCUACCGUUCAAUCCAGAAAAAUAGUGAUUUAGCAUAAUCUAGCUUCUUAAUUGCAAUCCUGGCAGUAAAACAGUUUUAAUAAAAACACAAGUUGUUAUAGCGUAAACUUAACGCGAUUGUUCUUUGCUGUUUCACUCGAAACACGACUUAACGCACGAAAAAAAACGGUAUUCAUUCGUAUCGAGGUCGAAUAGCAAGUUGACUUAUGCCCAGUCGGCCGUGGUGCUAGGUAAGGGAGAGAGUGGUGGAUAUAUAUUUAUUUACAGAAGCGAGAGCAUGCUCUCAAGCUACAAUUCGCUGAAGUUGACUGGCUUUUGGCGCACGCAUACUUCUUUUGUAUCAGUGUCAAUCUCGUUAUUUGACAGACACAUCUCGUAGUUUAAAAACUGUAACAUUAUCGUAAACUAAAUAUAUAAAAUAUAACUUUGUUUUCUGUUAAUGAUUCGAUAAUAAAAUACACAUGUUAUUCAUUUGACUACUAAUCUGUUGUGUAUGCAGACAAUAUUACAGAUACUAAAUACUAUAUAAUAAUUUUGUAUAUUAUAUAGCUUUUAUGUAAAAAUAAACAUGAUGCAGAUUCCUAUUACCUAUACCUGUUUAAAUAAGUUCAGUGUUACAAACAAGAAGUUUAAAUCCGAACUACCCUGUACAUAUUGAUCAAUUCAUUUUUACAAAAAAAAAGUUUAUGUAUUGUUAUUUAUAUUCAUAGUUUAUUUUAUAGUUACUAACUUGUUUCACUAUAUAGUUAUUUGUUUGAUCGUUUAUUCUUGUGAUAGAUGUAACAUUUCAUGGCAAAAAAAAACGCUAUAUGAAAUAUGCUGUAUGAAAUACCUACUAUUAUUGCCCGGCCAUUGGCCACGUACGAGAACAUAUAGUUCCUAUACCCACUAAAGGAUAUAUACUAAUUUUUAUUGCAUAUACAUGGCACAUUCGAAAAGAAAAUAGUGAAAUAAUGCAAAUAUGCCCUUUUCUAUCUUAAUUCAAAGUUUAACUGAAACCACUUUAUUAUUGUGUUCCAAAAAUGUAAUGUAAAAUAAGAUCUAAAUUACAGGUGUCAUUCAUUUUGUAAGAGUCUCGUGCAGUCCCAUUGAAUCUAUUGUAAACCUAAAACACAACAAAAAAUUAGCAACAGAGAGGUAACAUUAUUUGAUAUGCAUUUGUGAUUAGGAUUUGCAAACCCUACACCUUAUUCAUACAGGAAUUCAUUCAGUAGGUACAUAUAACCAUUUUAAGAAAGCUAUGUUAAAUCUACGAACCUACCAAAUGUAAGGUACUUCUAGAUCAGCAAAUAAUACAAGAAAUGUAGUUAACCCUAAAUGCAUAAUUUUUUUGAAGACCGGCCAAAAAAAACCAAUAUAUUUUUAAUGUAAAAAGUGAUCCUAGUGCGCAGGGCAGCCCAACUAGUACUUACAUUUAUCCGAUUACUCAAAUAAUCGUCACGAAACUGUCACUGGACGAUUACAAUUUUUGUUGGAAUAAUUCGAAGCACGAUGCAAUGAACGAUCAUUUUUUUUUGUUGGAACGUAUUUUCUUUACUGCGCAGGAGCGUAAUAUAUAGGUACUAUAUUGAAAAAUGAGCGAGUCAGAAUAUUAAUACGUAAAUUUGUCAGAAAGCGGCUCACAAGUAAGAGAAAAGUCGAAACUGAAGUAGAAAAAAUAUUAUAUUUUAUAUUUAAAUGAGUAAGUGAAAGUAUAGCUUGCAAUCCCAUGUAAAUGAUAAAUAUAAUUAAAACAAUUGCUUUUUGCUUUCACAUUAUUAUUUCCAAUGCCCGAUUGCAUUCGAGUGUGAAAAAUUAGAGCAACAUAGAGUACAACGCCGCUCGAUUUAUCUCGAGUGUGUACAGUUUGGCCAGUUUAGCGCGCUCGAAUCAACUCGAGCGUGCAAUUAAGGGGUUAAAGCAGUUAGUUCUGAAGAUAUUGAGACAUGAGGAAAUAGGUUGCAAAUCCAUAGUAAGCCUAAACAAUCAAUAGGUCAAAAUAAACAGUUAAUAAAACUACAGUUAGACAAACAAUAAUACUACCCACAAUCAGAAAUAUCAUCAAUGAACAGGUUGGAAAUGAAGAUACAAGGACAGUUGACAUAAAAUAAACAUGGAAGAGGAAGAAAAAACUAUUUAACAAAAAAUUUAAUUUGCUAUUAUUUAAAGUUGAGAACACAAAAGUAGACAAGAAGGUAUCUUAAUAUUGUUCUGAAGAUGUGUUAGAAUAUAAUGUAUUUAAAACUAGGUCUGGAAGCGGAAACGGCUAAUAAAUUAUUUUAUAAUUUCCAAAAAUAUAUUUUAUGGGGCAUCAUCCUAUUCUACUACAUGAAUAUAUUAUAAUGUGGUCUAAUUCCGUUAUCCCCUUGCUGUAGUGCUCCCUUGUAGAAAGAGCUGCAAGACGCAGCGACUUUUUUAUGGGAAGAAAAGCACUGACCAACAAAGGGGUGUUUUUUGAGAAUAGCUGAAAGCCCGAGCUAGCAGAAUCUGGGGGAAAUGGAUGCUCCAUCAUUUAAAAGUACAUAUAUGUACAUACAUCAAUUUCAUAAGGAGCAAACGACUGUCAAUCUGAAUAAUGGUAAAGUGGACAGUGAAAAGAGUUAAAACAACCUUUUACACUGCAAGGCUUAAAGAUAUCAGUCAGAACAGAGGAGAAAAAAGGCUUCGAUGUCGUACUAAUUCAUAUAUUGUUGGAUACGUUUCGUUUUGUGUUUACAAAACAUUAUCAGUCCAUUUAUAUGUGAAGUAUUAAUAUUACAUGGUAAAGACAACAGUUCUGAGUAAGUGGUCCUCCAAUUUGCAAAAAUCACAUUAAUGAAAAGGUGGUGAUUUACAAAAAGCACGAAAAUUAUCUCCUAACAUAAAAUGAGACAUGCUGAUUAAUAGGCAAAUAAUAACUAGGGCUCCAAGUGUGUCUAAGAAAUUACACCUUUGCUAUGUAACACUUAAAUUAAGAUUACGUAGGCAACACUGGCAUAUUAUAAGAAGCUUAUUUUGAAAAAACAAUAAAAGUUUGCUUGUCUUUUUUGAAUACUCCGGAGAAAAAAUGCCACAUCACAGUAUAGUCUAUUGGACUAGGUGUUACAACGUUGCACUGAUUAUUAUUAUUAGGGUGUAUAUCCACAGCAAUUCCACCGUAUGAAAAAUAUAAAAAUGGACAAAACACAAACACAAAAUUAACAUUAAAUACCGGCAUUUCGUCAACUCGCCAUUUUUGUGUCAAAUAUAUCAAUUUCUCCAUUGUGAGUUACUUUUAAGACAACUUAAUGAUAAUUUAGUGGACUGCAAAGCUUAAUAUAAACCCAUUUCAAACAGUCCAGAAAUGCAUGGCGAGAUUUUUAAGAAAUGGGCAUAUAUUGUAUUAUUUCACUCUCAGGUGAUACAUUUGUCAAAACUAUUGUGAUGCCUAUAGCCAAAUAAACCAAGGCAGUAAUAAGUAUGUUUUUAUUUUUCGAUAACUGCAGAAGAGUAAAACAAUUAUUUUUAUAUCAGUAUAGGUACAUGAAAACUGUUCUUAAUAUAGAACGUUUCCAAAUGCGUUUUUCUAGGAACAGUUUACACGAUAUGAUGAAAAUCAAUAAAAUAUUAUCUAUUAUGCCCUUCUAGGAAAAGUUUAAAUAAGACGAUAACUUUUGAUACCAUUUUAUAUCCUACCAGAUUAAAACAAUGGAAAACCUUCUCUGGUUACACCAUCCGAGGCUUCUAAAAAUGCAAGCCAUGCGGAUUCUGAGACUAUAGGAAAAUGAGGGAAUUUUACAAUUUAUAAUUCACAUCCCAUCUGUUCAGGCGGUAAAUUUCAAGCGAGAAUGGUUCCUUUAGCCAAAUAGAGUAAAUAUAUAAAUUACUGAAAAUGUUUAUUCAUUUUUAAUAAAUAUUAAAUGUUUAUUGUUCAUAGGUGCUAUUAGAUGUGUAAAUUUUUAUGUACAAACAAUUUUGGUAUAUAUGAAGUAUUGCCUUAUACAUACAUAGCAGAAAAAUAUUGAUUGGUUGAAUUUGAUACAUAAUACAUAUAUCAGAUUCAAAUUAUGUCCCCCAUAUAGACCGACCAGUAUUGAGGAUACAUUUCUCUUGAACAAGAAUCUUAAGUUCAAAUCUUGUGGAGAGUUGUAGUUUAAAAUUUUCAAUGAUACAUAUAAAUGGUGGCAAUGAGACAAUCUGCAUAACUGAUAAUACUCCGGCGAACAUCCAUAGACUACGUCGUUGAAAAGGGGAAGGGGGGUCUUUGUUUAUUACGACGGCAUACGACAGGGGGGAGGGGGCCAUGAGUGCACAUCCGACGUCGUUUGAUGUUCACGAAUAUAAAAAUAUACCCUAUUGUAGGUAGGAUUCAAAAUAAUUAGUAGGUAUAUUACUUUUAUUGCAUACUUUUCAUUUCGUUUUUAUCACUCACAGCCUUAAUAAUAUUGCUAGAAGUUUUGUACAGAAUAACAAACAAUAAAACAUUGUUCUAUAUAUUUAAAUAAACGCUUCUAUACAGAACAACGUCUGGAAGCAAUAAAUAUUAAACUGUUCAUUUAUUUACUGAAUACUCUGUGUGAAACAAUAAUUAUUAUUCUACAAUAAUGAAUAGAAAUGAAAUAUUCUAUUUUAUUUAGUUAGUACAUUGUAUUUAUACUUAAUAAAAGAAAUGGUAUUGAAAUGAAAACAAAAUAAGUAUCAAGAUUUAUAUGAUGCAGUUAAGAAAGCAUAGGAACUCCAAUAAAGCUAAUUAGUUGUACAGUGAAUUGAGAGAAAAAAGUAUGCGGAUAUUAAUGAGCUACACAGUAAUACUGAUUUGGAUACAUUCGUAAAUAAACUUUAAGAGCUAAUUUUAAAAUAUAAAGAAAUAACAUGGAAUUUAAAAAAAAUCACUAAAAAGGGGGGUUAUGAGUUGCAAUUGCGACGUCGGAAUAAGAGGGGGGGGGUCUACUGUAAACGACGCUUUACGACGAAGGGGGGAGGGUAUUAAAAAGUCCAAAAUUUUUACGACGUAGUUUAUGGAUGUUCCCUAACAGUUAGCAACAAGUACCACCUCGCAGAUACGUCAAUGAAUGAAUGACAAGCCUGGUCGUUUCGCCUGUCGAAGAAGUCUGGUAACUUGAGGCGAAAGUACUUCAUUUCUUUCGCGCAGUUCGCCAUAAGAAUGUAUUGGUAUGUUCUUCCUGCAUUAUUAACCUAAAAUCAAAAACAGUUUUCCAUUGGAUACUAAUGUAAAUAACACAUGUACUUAGCGUUGGUUUAAAAAAUUCUACCCUUCUGCAGUUACCUUCUGCUUUUACAAUUUUUAUAAAAAUGUUGUGGAUAAAAUAUUUAUUAAACUUAAGUAUAGAUGUAAAAAAGUUGUAAUAACACGUUAUUGUCUAGUGCCUUACAAAAAAAAAACGAAAAAUCAAAACACUAAAUUUUAUACAUUCUUCAUAUUUUUAACAUAUUUUUCACCAAAAACUAUUGACAAUCUUCCAUUGUUGUAAGUGAUAACAUACCAUAUUAAGUUUGUUUUAUUUUAUUUUAAUUUACUUAGGCAUACUUACUUAAAAAUUGAUGGAAUCAAAGCUAGGAUUGAUACUUUCUAGUGGUAUUGAAAGAAAAUGCUGCCAAACGAAAUAAGAAUUUUGUACCUGAACGUUUACAGUGUAUAUUUUUAAUAACUUUGGUACUUAUAAUGUCGAAAUAUCAGAAGAGAUAGUAAUAUUUUUAAGACACAUUAUUGCUAGAUCGAAUCUUAUCUUUGGUUCCCGGAAUAUAUGUAGAGAAAAUCUUUGAGCGGGUGGGACAAUCGGUAGUAAGGAAAGAAUAGAUUCUGCACUAUCAGUAGUCAAACAAUUUCCAGAUAUAUUAGACAGCAAAUUGUUUCUUCUUCUCUAAGUGCCGUCUCCCAAUAGGAGGUUGGAUAUCAUCAUCACUAUCUUUACUCUAUCUACCACUGCUCUGAAGAGUUCUAUGGAACUGCAUUCAAGGACGGAUCCAGAUGGCCCCCAUGGUCCCCUCCGAGAAUUUAAAAAAAUAUAAAUUUAAAUAUUUGCUAGACAAAUAAAAGUACUUUAGUAACGAUAAGUUUUGAAUGUCUUUAUGGCACUCAAAAGUGUGUGAAAAGUGCCUUAAAACUCACCAUUUUAUCCCUAAUUUUUAAAAUGUUCUCCAGACCCCCACACGAAAAUCGGCCCUGGAUUCGCCCUUGACUGCAUUUAAACCAGUCCCUUAAGUUUUUCAACUAUGACACUCUUCUUCUUCCUGUACUACUUCCUCCUCUUACCUUUCCCAGUAUUAUCAGUCUUACCAUUUCAUAUCGCUGUCCCCCUCAUUACGUGACCCAGAUAUUGUAACUUUCUUAUUUUUAUUGUUGUUUUUAUUUCGUAUUCUUUGCCUAUUUCUUGCCAUACUUCCGUGUUCGUUUUCUUCUGUGUCCAUGCUAUUCUUAGCAUCCUUCUGUAACACCACAUUUCAAAUGACUAGCUUAUUUAUGUGUUCUUGCUUCAAUGUCCAACUUUCAAGUCCAUAUUGCAGUAUCGAUCGAAAAGACGUAUCAUCUCAGAGGUACUCUCAGUUCUAAUCUAAGGAACAAAUUGUUUAGUGGAGUAAAAAAAAACAACGAAUUUCGAUUGAAAUAUUGUUCAGGUUAUUUCAGAUAAUUUCGAAAUAAUUCACUAUUUACAGACAUUCCAAUAUAUAGAGGUCUCUGAGCUAUUGAUGUUUUAUGUGUUAGACCAGCCAAGUUAUAGAAUAAGAAUACAUUAUCACUAUCAUUAUCACCCAUUAUAAUUGUAGAUAUUCUCCUUCUCAUAGGUAUCUUUCAGUGCGUCACAGUUUUUCGAUUUCUUUCUAACGAAUUAAAUUGUAUGUCACAGAAAAAAGAUACGUUCGUGAUUAAAAUCAUUUAUAACAUUUAAUGUCGUUGUUAUAGAUGGCGUUAUAAUCGAACAAAAAAUGAUUUAUGUAUUAUCUAUACGACUAUAAUCUGUACAAUUUAUAAAACUAUACAAAUUAAAGAAUUUUUUUAAAGAAACCUUUGUAUAAAUUAAAUAAACACAAUUGAUUUGUUUUUAUACCAAAUUACUAUUACGAUUCUGACAACUGUCAGUUUUAAUUAAAAUGUCAUGCUAUGAUAUGAUUCGCUACAUUAUUAAAAUCAUAUUACAUCAUUAAUGACACACUGAAAGAAUGAGAAGAACUUUAAAUUAUAGUCGUAUAGGUAAUCAGUAAAUCGGUAAACCUAAAUCUUUUUUUUUUCGAUUAUAGCGCCAUCUAUCAACAACUGGAAUAACUGUUAUAUGUACAUGUGUAUGUAUCACGGCGAGCCUUUUUUUCUGUCACUUGCGUCACACUAAAAAAAGCCUCUCAGAAGAACCAUACACAUUUUUCUACACAAUCUGUUGUUUUGUUAAAACAAGCUAUUUUACUUACCUAAAAUAAUAAAAGCGUCAAAAGAUAUAUCGUUUUCAAAAUACUUACUAUUAAAAUCCACAAAACAAAAGACCAUUUGUCUUUCCAAGGUUUGCUAAGAUUAUAUGAUUUUCAUAUCUACCCAUCCUGAAGUUUCGUGUUUUGAUGAUAUCCAUUAAUUUUCUAUAUUGUAUACUUACUUCACAUUUCACAUUGCUCAGUUCCUGUAGAACCUGGAUCUGAUCAACCAUGUGCUUCCAUUGGUCUCGAAUGUCACGGCAUCACUCUUUCAGUCCCGAACACCAGGCUGUACCAGAUCUUCUCAAUGUCGUCCAGCUAUCUCCUUCGUUUCUUUCCAGAUGGUCUUUGCGAGGUGGUGAAUUUCAAGAACUCCUCGCCAGCAUCUUCUUCUUCAAGUGCCAUCUCCGCUACAGAGGUCGGCAAUCAUCAUAGCUAUUCGGACUUUAGAGACGGCUGCUCUGAUAAGUUCAUUUGAUGUACAUCCUCAGGUACAUUUUCUUACGUUUCUUUUUCCUUGGAUCUUUCUCUGCAUAAUGAGUUGGAACAAGUUAUAUCUCUCUCCACGUAAUAUAUCCGAGAUAUUUUAAUUUUCUGGUUUUUAUUGUAUUGAAACUUCCGUUUCAAUUCAUCUUUCUCAGGAGCCUCUUUGUUUGUGACGUGUUCUGUUCAUGAUAUUUUCAGAAUUCUUCUAUACACCCACGACUCGAAUGAUUCCAGUUUUUUCAUUGAUGUCGCAUUCAGGGCCGUAGCUUUCAUUCCAUAAAACUAAGUUGAGACAACGUAGCAACUAGCCAACCUUACUAUUAGCUCUGCAUAGCUCACAAUAAACAUUGUGUCAUCCAACCUGUUCUCUUUAAAAGUUUAAUGGCUCAGGCCAGUCGAAUCAGUUUCACGGUAACUGUCACCUAUCAGAUAGUGGUACGCUGCAACAGUUUGAACUAAUAUAUCUGGAACAGUUUGUAUAAAAUAAUAGUACUAAUCGUAAAUAGUAAAAAUAAAUGGUGCAUUUGUAAAAAUUAGAUCCGGAGGAAAUGACUUAAGAAGUCCCAUAUUUAUCCGUAUUUAAUUUUUAAGUACGUUGUAGACUAUACCACUACUUAAACACUUUUUUGGUAAAAUAGUAGUAAAAAGAGGGUUUUGUACAUAAUAAAAAUAUUUUAUUAUACAAUUAAAAGUUUUAUAUAGGAUGUACCCCAAAAUAAGUUACUUAUAUACAGGGUAUCUGUGUAAAGUUUAUAUAUCUAUAUACUUUGUUAUGAAACAGUUUAGGGAAACACUUAAACUCUAAAUCUGGUGAUAGAUAUUUUAACCAGUCAGAAGAGUACGUAGAUUAUUUAUGAAUCGGUCAGAUACAAAAUAUUUUGUUAAGGAACUUAACUAAAUUGUCUAGUAACACUGGCAUUUCUGCCACCUUUAGUUCUUCUUAUUUUUGAAUGGGUUCGUUUACUGUAAAAAAGGUUUUUACAACGUGAUAGGAGACAUUAAAACAUUACGAUUUCAUAACUGAAAAUAUGUCACCAAAUUGAUAGCUUCCUUUUCUUUCGGCAGAUAGUGAAAUAAACAAAAAAAUCAUAUCUGAAUGUGUCGAAUUAGGAGUAAGGUGAUCAUUUUUGCUAUCCGUCCUAUAUUUGAUAAUAUUCUAAAUUAUCCAAGGUGCAGACAAAGUCAACCUGUAUAUUAUAUAAACAAAAAUUUAUGAAAAUAUAUAUGACUGUACCUACCUGUCCCUGACUAACGAGCAAAAAUGACGAAAUAGGCGUGUCUGAUAAGAGACGUGGAACUCGAAAUUGUACAAUAACAUGCUAGUUUUUGAACAAAUUUCGAAUAGAGAAAUUGGCAGAGUUUCGUAUAUUCUAGGCAGCGGUGUACUGAGCAUGGUUCCGCGGAACCAGGACCCGGGCCCCGCAGGUGCCUGCUCUAACGCGCUUUUUGCUUCUUUUGUUUCUAAUUUGAUGGGGACAUUUUUAACUAGACAAGUACACACUAGGAAAUGUAACUGCUUAAUAAAUUUUAAUUUUUGUGUAGGUAGUUAUAAAUAAAAACAAAGAAUACCUAUUCGUCAAAAAAUUUGAAAACAAAAUUUAUUAAGAAACACAGGGACGCUUUUGUAAAGCUAAAUUCUAACGACGAGGUUGAAGCUUACCAAUUUAAACGUCAGCAAAGAGAGAUAUAAUAUAAAUAGUGAAAAAGAACAAGAGCGCAGUUACCACCCUACAAUACUGUAAAAUUAGUAAAUAUUUACUUUGUGAUAAAAUGGGUCGAAGCAUAUGACCCCAAGAAUAAAGGUACCCAAAAAGGUACACCCCGCGAGUAAAUGGACUUAGCUUGAGUUUUUAUAAAUAUAUGAUAUAUUUUAUGAUAUGAUGACUUAUACAUAUUUAAUGUUUAUUUAAAAAUUUUUGCUAUACAAUGUGUCUUUAUGGGCGGGCCCUCAUCCCAGCUGGAACCAGGGCCCGCUGACCUAUCGGUACGCCACUGAUUCUAGGUAUACAGUAUCGUGCAAAUGAAAGGAAUAAAUUCGUUGUUUCGUAAGCCGAAAAAUCCUGAAACAGGUCGCUAAUCAAUUUGACAUAUUUAAACCACUUAUAUGAUUGUCUAACCACAAUAUCUUAAUUUUAGAUCCAACCUCUUUGAUGUAUUGGUCUUUCAUAAGAUUUUACUUUUAAAAAUACACAUUAUAAAUACUUUUACAUUUGUAAAUCUGUUUAGAUGAAGAUCACGAUUUUGUUUGUAAAAACCUGAUUACGUAAAUGCCCAUUAUCUUCGUUUUGUACAGAUGUAUUUGUUAUAAAUAAAUAAAUUAUUAGUUCUGUUUGUACAAUUUAUUGGUUCUGUUUGUAUAUUUUAAUGAAGCUUUGGAAAUCUUUGUGCACACAGUAUUUUGUAAAUUUUAUAUUACUAUUUUUAUAUUUUAUCUCUGUUAGCUUUUUAGUUUACCAAAGAGUUUUUCUGGUAUUUGUUAUUAGCAAAAAAAUAUUUAUUUGAAAGUAGACAUUUGUAACAAGCCACGCAUCUUAGUCACUACAUAAUCAUCACCGAAUGCAGAAUUAAAAGUGGGGAGAAUACGGAGGAAAAAAUAAUUGAGAAUAUGACUGUUUUAGAACAAUGAUUUCGUAAGAAUAAUAAAUUCCCUGUUAAUAGUGUAUAGAAAACCAUCUACAAAAUCUUGAUAUUAUAGCGUUCAGAUGGCCAAAAAAAAAAUAAAAAAAAGUCCUAAAGUUUAGGAUACCAGUCAAUGCACAGUAAGUCUUGAAUAAUUUUUACUUAUAAUUACACAAGAGCUCUAAAAUUACCGAUUUGUAUCUCGAGUGACACUUUGACAGUUUUUAUUUCUCGGAGAGGGAAAUUCUGUCAAAUUGUCACGACGGCAAUACAAAUCAGUAAUUUUAAGAAGUCGAAUUCGGUAAGAUUAGUUCAUGAAUAAAACUGUUUAAAAACAUUUUAUUGAUUGGUAUUACUUCUUUACAAGCCUGUAGUUGUAUACAAGAGUUGUAUAAGUUUUGUAGAGAAGUGUAAUAAUAUAAUUCUUAACACAUUGAAACAUCUAUCCCACUCAAUACCUUUUCAUUUACCUUUACCUAACCUGAAUUUUGACUUAAAUGUUUUUGAUUUAAAUUCUGAUUCAGAUUUAACUUUGAUAUUAUUACCUAAGGUGUUGCAGUUGGAGUAUUGAUAAUUUGUUCAAAGACUAGUGUCUUUUCAUCACACAUUACAUUAACCUUUUAUGUUAUAAAUACUUUAUCAUUAUCAUUGUAAACGUUGUAGUACUGACGCAUUCGUUAUUAUUUAUUUCGCCCGGGUAGUAUGUCAAAUAUCAAACAUUCAUUAUUCAUAUCCGAACAGUAUACUUUUAUCACCCCAUAUAUCACAUGAACCAAUUUGUUAUUAUAUUUAACCAUGUGCGGGAUAUUUUAUUUGUUUAAUUGUUGUAAUUCAUAAACAAUAUUUUGCCAAUGGACAUUAAUUUAGCUGACAAAGUAAAACCUUUGAUCUUUUUGUCGUGUGGGCUAUGACCCAAUUCAUGUUGCCAACAAGAGAGAAUACAUUUUAGAAUCAACUCAACCAGGCCAGAUGUGCCUUUAACUUCGUUCCUUCGAGUCACUUAAGGGCUCCCGGGGUAGAGUGUGGUAGUGAAUUAGACAAUCGCCUUAUUGAUAUCUUCGUCUGAAUCUUUGCUAAACCUGCUCAUGGUGUUCACUUUGACAAGUUAUAAAAGAUAAAUUGUGAUUAAUGUCACUGAAUGUUUAAUUUUGAAUCUGCGUGACAACGAAGGACGCCUGCCGCACUACUUGACGACGUGUAAUCACCAAAAAUUAUUACCUCUGAAAUUUUGAUUUCUAUAGGAUUCUAUUGGUCAAAAUCUAUAUGAAUGAAAUAAUCAAUUUUAUGCAUCAAAAAUUAUUAUUGGAUGUUAUUUUAGUUUUAAACGGAAGGAAAAUAUGCUAUGAAUACUUUAUUUUUGUUCUAUAUUCUCUAUAUGUUUCAUAGGAUUAAAUUGAUCUGUUUGAUACCACGAGAUCUAUCCACAGCCAAUAACCAAUUUCCAGGAGCGUCAUUUGAAAUUUUGAUAGGGGGGGCAAGCAUUAUCUAUACAAUACAUUAUAUAUGCAAACAUAAUACAAAAUUGAUCAAUUUUUUGUAAAUUUCAGUCAUUUUCAGGGCCAAAUCUGCCCCAUAUCAAAUGACGCCCCUGCCAAUUUCUGUACCUAUGUAUUAUUACAUUGUAAUAUAGUUUGCAUCUCUUGACAUUCCAGCGACGAAUGCUACUCCCAUUAAAGCUAUAUCUGGAGUGUAUAACCGAAGUAUGCACAGACCAGUUCUUCUUCUUGUAGUAACUUCUCCUGUCGGAGGUUGGCUAUCAUCACAGCUAUCCGUACCUUAUUGGCGGCUGCUCUGGAAAUAUCUACUAAGCUAACCACUCUCUUAGGUUACUCAGCCAGCAAAUUCUUCUUCUACCUAUGGAUCUUUUACCCUUAAUUUUACCUUGUCACACAGACCAGUAAGAUCAGCUAAUAAUUGACAUAUGAAAUCAUUGUUAGAUAUGAGUUAUAUCUCUGUAUGUUGUUUGUAUGAUAUGAGUUCUAUAAGAGAUCUACAGUUGUCUUCAGGAAGUCAUAUCUUAAAUGUGCAAUAUUUUUUAAAACUUUCAUCCGAUGUUACCUACUGUUAAGGUUUAUGAGAAAUCUGUUUCCUAUCUCAGUUGUGAUGAAAAUUAUUUUGUUCAAUUUUUAUUGGUAUUUUCGUUUCAUUGUGAGCCUUAUAUUUUUUGAAAGAUCUGAUAUAUUAUGUUUCUAAUGUAGUAUCUUAACAAAAUCAGUACUAGAAAAGGGAAGAUGGCAUGUUAAAUUCAGCAUUUAUAGAGCACCGGAUUUCUCUGAACAGGGGAUAAUGUUUUAACAUGCACAAAAGAUCAUAACUAACCAUUCCUAAACUUCAAAAUUUACGACAUAUUAUGUUAUGCUGUUAGAUUCAAAUUAACAGAAAAUGAUUGAAUCGAAACACAAUACAACCUGCCAUAUCCGGACGGUUCUGCGGCGUCCGGAUCUACCGAAAUCUACCGAGAAAGGCAGUCCUGCUGUUGGACAACGCACUAAAAGAUGGCGAAAUAAUGUAUUAUAGAAUCUAUAAAACGUGUCUAUCGACGAAAGUUAUUGACGGCGUUGAUUACUGGAAUGUAUGAAGGAGAAAACGUCUCAGAGACUGUAAAAGAAGUAGUGGUCUUGAUAUCCGGAUUUUUUCAUAUCCGGAUCGGUCUGUCGCCACAUUGAUCCGGAUAUGGCAGGUUUGACUGUAUUUCGAUUCUUUAAUUUUGUAUGGUAUGUGUGCCAUUCGAAGGCAAAACUGUAAUAGAUACAGAGAAGCUGAUGAAAAAUUUUAUGGGAACAAAUUUGGGUUCCAAAAAAAAAACUAGAAAAAACGCAUUGACUUAAAAACUAUGAUAACUAGAACAAUUUCAAUAAUCGAUACAUGACACAUAUUUUACUUAACUGAUGAAAAUACUUAAUUAUUUGAGUGAAAGUUUUUGUCCAAAAAUGACUGCUAUUUAGAUCCACAAACAUUUGUAAAAGUUAAUACUUUUGUCCCUUUAUUAGGUUAAUAUGUUUGUGGAAAAUAAAAUAGCUCUUCACGUCACAUACUUCUUUCUAAAGCUUAUCACGCAGGGGAGCUAUACUAUAAUAUAUAUUUCAUAUGUUACAGAACUAUUGCUCACUAUAAUAAAUAGUGAGCCUAUAUACCGGAACGAUAAUAUAUAUUUUUAUACUUACAAUAUAUUAUAUAAAAAAAGUAUAUCUCGAAUAUGCCUCGUCGAGUAAUAAUUUAUGUUUAUAUUAAGACAUAUAGUCCGUCCGCUAUAACUUUUCCCAUGCGGUACGAUUCAUUUUCAAUCAAACUGAGUCAAAACACAAAGUAAAACGUACGUCGAUGUGUGUAGUAUAUAGUAUACAGUAUACAAAAUGUAUAAUAUACACAUCGACGUUCGUUUCAAUUUAUGUUUUGACUUAAUUUGAUUGAAAAUGAAUCGUACCGCAUGGGAAAAGUUACAGCUGACGGACUAUAUGAAGAGUGGAGAUAUAUAACGGUGAAAUAAAUACAGAAUCGAGAAAAAUGAGUUUUUAUCAGGAAACGGAACUCUGUACUUAACGGCGGAUGUAAUAAUUUAUGUUUAUAUUAAGACAUAUAGUCCGUCCGCUAUAACUUUUCCCAUGCGGUACGAUUCAUUUUCAAUCAAACUGAAUCAAAACACAAAGUGAAACGUACGCCGAUGUGUGUAGUAUAUAGUAUACAGUAUACAAAAUGUAUAAUAUACACAUCGACGUUCGUUUCAAUUUAUGUUUUGACUUAAUUUGAUUGAAAAUGAAUCGUACCGCAUGGGAAAAGUUACAGCUGACGGACUAUAUGAAGAGUGGAGAUAUAUAACGGUGAAAUAAAUACAGAAUCGAGAAAAAUGAGUUUUUAUCAGGAAACGGAACUCUGUACUUAACGGCGGAUGUAAUAAUUUAUGUUUAUAUUAAGACAUAUAGUCCGUCCGCUAUAACUUUCCCAUGCGGUACGAUUCAUUUUCAAUCAAACUGAAUCAAAACACAAAGUGAAACGUACGCCGAUGUGUGUAGUAUAUAGUAUACAGUAUACAAAAUGUAUAAUAUACACAUCGACGUUCGUUUCAAUUUAUGUUUUGACUUAAUUUGAUUGAAAAUGAAUCGUACCGCAUGGGAAAAGUUACAGCUGACGGACUAUAUGAAGAGUGGAGAUAUAUAACGGUGAAAUAAAUACACAAUCGAGAAAAAUGAGUUUUUAUCAGGAAACGGAACUCUGUACUUAGCGGCGGAUGCUAUCUGUUGAGUUUAUUUAGAGCUGUUUCCAAUGCAACUGUCACUUUGCACGUAAUACAGGUUAACGGCCUUGUUGCAUAGACCCUUAUAAUGGAAAAAGCAGAAAUAUUGAUUUUUGUUACUUGGCCCGUUAAAUAUAUGUCCACUCUUCAUAUUUCGUUCCCCUCUAUACUUCUCACUUUUCAGUCUACCAAACCAAAGUGCGGUUUGUUUAUGAUUUAUGACGUAGGUAUUGUAAGUUCUAGACGAAUACGAAAACGCAGAGCUAUGGCAUUGCUUAAUUAGUUGUUUACUGAUUUCUGUUUACAAAAUACUAAACAUAUAUUACAUAUUCUGAAAUAUAUCUGAUAUCGUUUGUGGGUGUACUUACUAUAAUAUAAAUUAUAUUUAACUAUUUAGCUAGCAUAUAUAUUAUAGUAUAGCUCCCCGUUCGUGACAAGCUUAAGUUAUUGCUUUAAAAGCAACAGCUCCUCUUGCCUGUUUGACUAGCAUCAGAUGAAUGACUAUGAUGGGUGGUAUUCACGGACAUGAUGAUUGAUUCGCUGUGAGCUUACAUAAGUGGCCUUAUUAUAUUGUAAUAUAUUCGAGUCAAUAUAAGAAUAAACUUUUUUAAAUAAACGUUUAUAACAUGUUGAAUAUGUGUAACUAAUAUCACAUUAGUAUAUACGAGCACUUAGACCUAGAAAUAUUCAGGGAAAUUUGAGAACAAUUCAAAAACAUAUCUCCAAAAAUGUUGACAGGCCAAGUAGAAAUGAAGUGGAAGUAUAGAGAAAAUCAAGUGUACGUACUUCUGUGAUAUUAAAGUGAUAAUGACAAUUGAUAACAUCUAGGGAAUAGUAUAAAAUAUUUUUCAUUACUUUAAUAUGAACUGUUUUGUUUUAUAAUAUUUAUAUUGUAAAACUUUGUAACAUUGACGAAAAAAUAUUUGGUUCUUACUAUUCGAUUGAUUGUCUACACAAUUACUUGCUGUAUUGCUUACCAUCCGUUUUAAAAGAUUCUCUAAGACUGUUUUAUGCUAUUUAUAAAUUAUUUUCAAUAUCUCCCAUAGAUCUUAUUUAAAAUAAAAUUGUAGAUUUUACCGGUAUUGGUAUUGAAAUAACAUUCAAGUGCAAAACAUUCAAGAUUUUGUUUGUUUUUCUGAUGAAAUAACGGUAUGGGAGAAAAAUAAAUGUUGAGAAUAAAUUGUCAAUAGCAUAUAACAGUCUUUUUAGAAAUAUUUUUUAAUUUUAUUUUUACCGCUAUACUUGUUAAUAUAUUUAUGUUUUCAAAUUGUACCUUACAUUAUAAAUAAGUGAUUGUUUUCAAUAAAAAACUGUUUUGUAAA